AUGGGCUCCGUGCUGCCCGCCGACACCCUGGCUCUCAAGUCUGGAUUUAAGUGUCCGAGCCGCGCGCUGUCGGACGUGAUCACCUCGGACAUCCUGCACAGCUUCCUGUACGGCAGGUGGAGGAACGUGCUGGGCGAACACCUGGCAGAGGAGCGGCACAACGGCACCGGCUGCAGCCCCAAGACCGCGUUCACCGCCGAGGUGCUGGCGCAGUCCUUCGCUGGAGAGGUGCAGAAGCUGUCCAGUCUGGUGCUGCCCAGCGAGGUGAUCAUUGCGCAGAGCUCCAUCCCCGGAGAAGGUCUGGGCAUCUUCUCAAAGAACUGGAUAAAGGCCGGGACAGAGAUGGGUCCUUUCACUGGGAGAGUCCUGUCCCCUGAGCACGUGGAUCUGCUCAAGAACAACAACCUCAUGUGGGAGGUGUUCAAUGAAGAUGGCACGGUGCGUUAUUUCAUCGAUGCCAGUCAGGAGGAUCAGCGCAGCUGGAUGACCUACAUCAAGUGCGCCAGGAACGAGCAGGAGCAAAAUCUGGAGGUGGUGCAGAUCGGCAGCAGCAUCUUCUACAAGGCUGUGGAGACCAUCCCUCCAGACCAAGAGCUUCUCGUCUGGUAUGGAAACACACACAACACGUUCCUGGGAAUCCCUGGAGUUCCUGGAAUAGACGAAGAGCACCUGAAGAAAAGCAGGAAUGAUGAAACCCACUCCUGUGAGGGCCCUAUCUCAUGCUCACCCACUUCCUCCUCCUCUUCCUCCUCAUCCUCCUCCUCGUCUGCGGGUCGCAUGCGCUGCGUAAUCUGCCACCGCGGGUUCAACUCCCGCAGCAACCUGCGCUCUCACAUGCGCAUCCACACCCUGGACAAGCCCUUCGUGUGCCGCUUCUGCAACCGCCGCUUCAGCCAGUCGUCCACGCUGCGCAACCACGUCCGUCUGCACACCGGCGAGCGGCCCUACAAGUGCCACGUGUGCCAGAGCGCGUACUCGCAGCUGGCGGGCCUCAGGGCGCACCAGAAGAGCGCGCGGCACAAGCCGGUGGUGUCCAACGCCGACGUACCCUCGCGUGUCACCCCUCCUCCCCCACAGAUGACGGCCAUGGUCCACCAGCACCAGAUGCCCCUGGUGCACCACAUCCCCACCAUGGUGCUAUGA